CUGUGUGCGGUGAUGUCAACAACAUAGCAACGGCGGCGGACAGCGGCUCAGCCUGUCAUUUAAUUUAGCUGCUCGGCUGAACCGUAUCCGUUUACUUUACCGCAAACUGGUCAAAACUUAGCCAGCAGUUAUCGGCCUGUAAUUAACUGACGCGGGUUUAUUUGUAUCCCCAGGCACUCAGAGCGGGUUUAAGAAGAUAACUAGCCUACGUUAGCUAGCGCUAGCCUGCCUGCAACCGCACAUCAGAGGAAAAUGAGAGUGACUGGCUCACAUCGGCUUCAGUGCGAUUGUGUUGGAGAGCAAAAUAAACAAUGAUCAACGCAGAGGCUGCAAGAGAAUUCCAGGCCAAAGAGCGAAAAUACAAAGACCAACUUAAAAGAUGCUUAUCGCAUGCAUUGUCAGCAGACCUUAACAGGUUGCUGCAGGAGGAGCUGGAGGUUGAUGUUUGUCUGUCCGCUGGGUCCAGUACACUGUGGGCCCACAGGGCCAUACUUUUGGCCAGAGCUCCACACCUCCUUGAAGGGACUCACAAUGACCCCAAAGUCAUCCAUCUGUCUGGUUAUGAAAUCACAGAGCUUAAAGAUUUCAUCAGGCGGGUGUACACAGCAGACCAGAGCAUGUGCUCGGCUGGAAUAAUCCCAGACAUUGAGGGCUCAGUGCCAGCAAGUAAACCGUCUGUCCGCGACCCAGCAGACCUUCAUAGAUCCACUGACUCAGAUGCUGUUGCUCUGGAGCCAGCCUCUGGCCUUGGUGCAGACUUGUUGGAUCUGUACCAGAGGGGAGAGCAGUGUGACAUCAAAAUCCAAGUGGGGGAGCAAGUCUUCCCCUGCCACAGGGCGAUUCUGUGUGCAAGAUCUCAGUACUUCCGAGCCAUGCUGAGUGGGAGUUGGAUUGAGAGCUCCAGACAGUGCAUCACUCUGCAAGGCUUAGGUCCAGAGGAAAUGGAGAUCCUGCUUCAAUUUAUGUAUGGGGCAAUAAUGGACCUGCCCUCUAGGAGCAGUGCCAGUCAGGUGGUGCUGGCAGCAGACAUGUUGGGUCUGGAGAGGCUCAAGGAUGUAGUAGAGAUGGUUCUGACCCGAGACUACUGCCGAUUCUUCCCCAAGCAGCCUGCUGAUGGGGUUCAGAGGACAAUUCUUGAGUGCCUGUCCCUCACCCACGCCCUGGGUCUUCAGAACCUCCAUAUAUUGUGUAUGAGGUGGGUUGCUGAACAUUUUGUUAAGACCUGGUGUGAAAGGAACUUCUCCCUGUUGUCUUGUGAGCUCCACAGAGCCUGUCUUGCUGCUGUAGUUGAAGGCAUGACUGUACAGAAUGCAGUAACCAUACUCUGUGGUAGUGAGCAAUUGAUUGGCAGUCUCCCAGAGGUCAAAUGGGCCAAACAGGUGAUGAGUCUGGCCACAGAGCUGCAGGAGGAGAGCCUGUGUCUCAUUGUCGAGCACCUCCCCAAGGUCAUUCGCACCUCAGCCUUCCAAAAUCUCUGCAGGAGGGAGGAGUUUACUCGAGAGCCCACCCUGUUGAGGAAGCUGUGUUCAGCCAUCAGAGAAGGUGUGACUGUGGACAACUGCUGUGAUCUUUUCUCUGCUGUGCACUCUCUAUGCGGAGAUGAGGUGGAAGAGGGCUCUCUCCUGGAGCAUGGACUGCAAGAUGAGGAGCCGUUCAGGCAAGAGAUUUGUACGCUACGCGCGAGGCUCUGGACCUUUCUGCUCCAGACCUUUUAUGCCAUCCGCCACACACAGGGAUGGGAGACGCUGCAAUCCAAACACAGAGAGAGAAUACUGGCAGCUGCUAUUGACAUAGGGGACAACCGAAGACUUGGUAAAAAGCCUGUAUUAACUAGCUCACAGUCAAGGGCUGUAAAAUGCCCUUCAUCUGUGCCUGAGCACCCUCCUGUGAAGAGGACUCAGAGGGUGUCUGAGUACACAUUUUCUUCCUCCUGCAGCGCUGCCUCAGCCAUGAAGUCUGAUGGAGUGGGUACAGCUAACAAACCUGGAGACAGUCAGGCAUCCAAGGCAAAGAAUGUGAAGACCAAGUCAGGGGACCGGAGCACACCAACAAAAUCAAAGACAGCAGCCACUGGCACACCCGUUGUCAAUGGUACAGGAGCCCCAGCAGUCAGGCGGGACAUAUCUACUGCCAAUGGCCCCAGAAGUUCCCCUGGGCACAAGGAGCAAGAUAAGAGGCCUAAUCCAGGUGCAAGGCCUAAAACUUCUCCUCCAAGCUGCACAACCACAAGCCAGUCUUUGCCAGUGAAGGCUCAGAAAAGCUCAGCAGUAAAGGCGGACAGUGCUGCUGGCACCACCCACCCUCAGCUGAGCACCUCAUCCACAUCAGGCAGCGUGUCGCCAGAGAACAGCACCAGCAGCUUGCGCAAUACCAGCCACUCCAUCCCAGGUGCGAAGACAAAACACCAGGCAAAGGCGGUGAACAAAUCCCCACUAACAAAGGCUCCUCAGAAAUCAGAUAUAACAAAGACAAGCAGUCCUACUAACAAAUCAAGUGGGAAGGAAAGUGGGAAAGCCAAGCUUGGUGGAGCAGAGAAAACAUCAACUGCAGCAACAACACCUAAAGCAGACACAAAGGGAAGAAGCACACCUUCAAUGUGUCCAACUGAGAACCAUGUCUCUAGACCUGGGUCAUCCAUGAAAAAGCCGGCCUCCCCCAGGAAAGAAGACAACAAGGACACUCUGAAAUCCUCAGGAGCAGAAAAAGUAGCCAGUGAAGUUCCUAAGAAGAAGACCACAAAACCCAUUUCAGCAGCUGGAGCCUCAGCUAAAUCCAGUGCUAAACCAGCAAAAGCUUCUCCGUCCCCCUCCAAGCAAUCCUCACAAGUAGCUGCCAAACCAGGACCAAAGCUCAAAAGUACUACUGAAUUAUCUACAGACAAAGCUUCACCAAAGUCUGGAGGAACUAUGAAAAACUCUGCCUCUGUUCCCCCUAAGAAACCAGGAACUAAAGGAAAAGAGGUGGUGAAUGGUAAAAACUCAGACUGUAAAACUGAACACUCUCAACCUGGUAACACAGGUGAUAUUGCGGAACAUCAAGAGAGCUCCACGGAGCCAACAUUCUCUGACCAAACUGCAACAUACAGCACACAGCAACUAAGCCAAGGCGGAGGAGAUUCGCUUUCCCUUCCCCUCCAUUCAAGCCCUACGCAGAGUGUCCAGACAACUCAAAUAAAGUCAGGAAAAAGCAACAGCACAGGAGAUGAGACCAGUCUUACACCAGCAACUAACAUCGCCUGUGUCAAAUCUGCUAGUGCAGAUGCUUGCAAGCAGACAGAAGGUAGUAAAGGGAAACAGUCUCCAAGUUCUGGUAUCCCUGCCUACCUCAGUGGAGGGCAAGUUCACGAGCUCAGCUCCCUCAAUUCCCCAAAAGACACUGAACUCCCCAUAGACACACCAUGCAGCAUGGGAAGCACUGACACCCCUUUAGAGGACUCCUGGAGUGGCAUCCAUCAUCAGGUCAGCCCAGAGUCUGAGACUGGCAGCAACACUACUUCUUCUGAUGACAUCAAGCCCCGCUCAGAGGACUAUGAUGCAGGAGGAUCGCAAGAUGAUGACUGCUCUAAUGACCGUGGUGUGUCCAAAUGUGGCACCAUGCGCUGUCAUGACUUCCUGGGUCGUAGCAGCAGUGACACAAGCACUCCAGAAGAGUUAAAGAUGUAUGAAGGCGGGGCCGGAUUGAGAGUGGAGGUGCGUCUCCGUGGGCGCGAGGCAGAGACCACUAGUGAGGAGGAGGGAGCAAGACGACGACCUCGUUCCUGGUUGCAGAGAGACGAGAUUCCUGUAGAGGAGGAGCCUUCGGAGGUUGAGGCCACUGUCACUGUUAAGAGUGUCCCUGACCACCAGCUCUUCUCCUCUGAGGAGGAGGAGGAAGAAGAAGAGGAAGAAGAGGAAACCGAGGACGAGAGGUCGGAAGUUGAGGUGUUUCCAGGACAAGGCCCACUGCCACCCACCGAGCCUUCACCACACUUUCAGGGGAUUAUCAACCUGGCUUUUGAUGACGAUGGUGGGGACCAGGAGAACGAGCAGCCUGAUUAUCAGUCAACAUCUAACUUCCGUCGCUCAGUAUUACUCUCUGUUGACGAGUGUGAGGAGUUAGGCUCAGAGGAGGGUGGCAUCCAAACUCCAACACAACAGCCUGAUGAUUCUGUUUUUGAAUGCGACUCUACAGAUCUGCAGUCCAAUUCUGGCCCUUCCACAGCUGUGGGGCAAAAACACAACAAUGAAAAUGAAGAAAAAUCUACUGUAUUCCUAACAGAGAUUCAGGAGCCCAUCCUAGAGGAGUGUAAUUUUAGCCAGGGGGAUGGAGUUAAGUCCGGUGGCCUUCCACUGGAUCCUGACAGUAGAGAUCUCCCUCCCCAGGAGCGACCAUGCCACCUAGAUCUCCGGCACACUGACCACUACAGCAAUGGAGGGUUACGCACAAACCCCACCAAUCCUUCAGACAGCAAGAGAGCUGAUUUACAUCUAGACUUAAAUGAGGCUCAGCUGACAGGGGAUUCUCCUGUACAUGCUGCACAAUCCCCAGCAGGGGACAUAGGUUGUGACAGAUUGGAUCAAACCUCCAAACAUGACCGCCGACCAUCCAAAGCCCUCUCUCCCAUUUACGAGAUGGAUGUGGGAGAAGCCUUUGAGCACUGCUUGGACAAGGACAGGGAUGUUAUACAGCAGGGAGCAGAAGAAAAGCAGAAAGAGGACGAUGAGGAAAGCAGUGAGUUUGCAGAACAGGACUGGAGCCUGCUCAGGCAGCUCCUGUCAGACCAGGAGUCCAACCUGGGCAUCAUAAACCCUGUGCCUGAGGAGCUCAACCUGGCCCAGUACCUUAUCAAGCAGACACUGUCCCUGUCACGUGACUGCCUGGACUCAGAGAUCUUCCUGCCCCAGGAGAAGGAGACCUUCAAACGCUGGGCAGAGCUCAUCUCGCCCAUGGAGGACUCGACCACCAGCAUCACUGUGACCAGCUUCUCCCCAGAAGACGCUGCUUCUCCACAGGGGGAGUGGACCAUUGUGGAACUGGAAACACAUCACUGACUGCACAGAAGAGAACCUGCUGGACAGUUGCUGCCUUCUCUAUGAGCUUUUAAUGUCUAUAACAUCAACUUUGUCUUAACUUAUUUAAAUCUCUCUUUCCUCUCUCCCUGUCUUUGACAUCUCUCUCCUGAGCUGUUUGCCCUGGACUUUGCAUUAUCAGCAUAUUUGCAUUUCCCAUAGUUAUGCCCUCAGUGGACUGUGUGUUGACACAAAUGGGCUGUUAUGCAUGUUGAUAUUUUUAUAUGUUUAACUAUUUACUUGGUGUUGCUUAAAAGCUCUAAGAAAGAGGACAAAAAAAUUCUCAUGGUACUCCUGAUAAUAUUGGCUGAUUGUGGAGUUUCCUAGAGAACAUUGAUGACAUUCUAGCCCACUGGCUUGCAUUUAGUGUCACAUUGAAAACAAUAAGGUUUGUCUUUCUGAAUAAAUGAAAACUGUAAUAAAUGGCACCUCAACAGAUA